AUGGCCGACCCCUUCUACGAGGCGCGCAACGCCCUUACAAUCGGCAAUUACCACCAGGCCCUCGCAGAGGCAAGCGGGGCAAAGACGACGCUCCGAAAACAGGACGAUGUAGCCGCCUUUAACACCGAGCGGGAGGCUCUUCUCUCGCUUGCCCAGGUUGGGUUGGGGCAGGCUGAGGCCGUCUUGACACAGUUGGCCGCCGCCACUCAUCCGACGUUACUGGCAGUGAAACACUGGGCGCAGUUUUCUCUGGCCAUUAAAAAACAAACGCCUGACGCAGCCCUCAGCCCCGCUGCUUCUUCCGCGCUAGAACAAUUGACAAGGGCCGUGGAGGAAGUAAGUCCCGCACGCGUUCAGGCGGCGGUGCUUGCCGCCUCUGCUCUUCUUGCCUCUGGCAAUGCUGCUGGGGCGCUAAAGUUGGCAAAGGCUUGGCUGCAUGAACUUCCAACACCAGAGGAGGCUCUCAACCUGCGUCGGCAGAUGGAGCUGCGCGUCGUUGUGGUCGAGGCACUCCUCCGGAUGCAACGCCCGGAGAUGGCGAGACAGGAGGUAAAGAGCAUGGAGCAGUUGGACGACGAAUCCGUGCUGGCGGUGCUGUGCUCAGGGGUAGUGAGUCUCCACGAAGGGCCGCAGUCUCGUGAUGCGUAUCAGAGGGCCCUCGAACGGUUUAAGGAACUCUCCGUGCGCUGCGGCCAGAGCGUCCUGGUCCAUAACCUCGCGGCGCUAGCCCAAAUGGAGCUUGGCGACUUCGCGGCGGCAGAGCGUAGUCUCCUCGAUGCGUUGGCUAUGCGGUCCGGAGACGCCGAUACGACGGCCAAUCUGGCGGUUGUCUCCUCCCACCUUGGCAAGGCUGCGGACUCCACAAGCCGCUACACCCAACAAGCGACUGCCAUCGUCGGAGCAUGGAGCCACCAAUACGCCGCCAUGAAUGCCCGCCUGAACGAGGCCGUCCUCCAAUUCUCAACAUCGGCGUAG